AUGGGCGGUGGUGGUGGCGGCGGCGGCGGCAGUACAAUUGGCGGUGGCAGCGUGCUGGGCGGACACGGUACUCUGAUGAGCACAGCGGGUAUGAGCAAUAGUACGGUUGGCGGCGGUGGUGGUGUUGGUGUUGGGGCUCCUCCUGGCAGUAUGAUGCACGGUGGCGGUGGCAUGGGUGUACCUACACCCGGCCAAAUGGGUAUGCCUGGCGUUUAUGGCAAUGGCAAUGGUAAUGGCGGCGGUGGUGGUGUUGGUCCAAUGGGACCGAUGGGUGGCAAUGGCGGUGGUAAUGGUGGACCGAGUACGGCACCCGGUUCGGUGAUCGAUUCACGCGCGGUGUCCGUGGUCGUUACGUUGCCUGGUGGGCCGGGCGCGCAACACCCCGGGCAGGCGCUGAGCGACUAUGGUCCUAUAUAGUUAAUGGUACGACCAGAUACAGCGCACUGGGUGUCGACGAGCAGUUUUUCGCAGCUGUAAAUGCGUGCAGGCGCUGGCUACACGCGUCGUACGCAUUUGCAGUGUUGCAUUUUUUGUUCUUUAAAUUUAUGCACUGCAUAUGAAGUGUUAAUAUGUGUUGUAAAGUUACAACAACAAGGCGCCAUAUUACUUUCUGCUAAUUUAUAGUUGUACAAUAAAAAAAAAAAUUAAACGAGUAUAUGUAAUAAAGUAACGAGUAAGAGCAAGCUAAACUAUAUAAUUCUAGUCCAUUUUCAUUGAAAGAAAAAAGUUAAAAAAUAAAUAAAAAAAAAUAAAAAUAAUAUUAUGUGGUAAAUAUUGAAAAAGUAUGAGACAACAACAACAAAGCACAAUUUCUAUAAAAUAUCAACACUAAAUGAAUUCAAGCAAAAAAAAAAAUAGUCAAUAGUCUUAUAGCGUAACACAACCAACUUGCUACAACUUUUUUUCUUAAAAAUUAAAAAUAAAAAAUAUUAAUAAAAUAUUGAAAAAAUAGCAAAUGAAAGUAAAGUGUGUUGCACAGUUAGGAAAAGUGAAGCGAUACGAAAAGCACAUCAAAUGCGCGCGUUAAUUUUUUUUCUAUAAAAAAAUAAUUUUAGAAAAAAAAUUUCAAUAAAAAAAAUAUUUUAUGAAAAAACAAUCUAUAAACAUAAUUUCACUUAUUCCUAAUUCCAUAUUUCAACACUCUACUCAAAUAGACUGAUUUAAAAUAAUAUUAAAAAAUAAUAUAAAAAUUAAAUGAAAUAAAAAAUAAUAAUAAAAUUUUAAAUGUACGAAUUGUAUAAGCAAACGCAAAAAUAUGCAAAUGUUAACGGUAUGCAUAUGUAAAGCAAGAAAACAAAAACAAAAAACGGUGGAGAAAAGUAAAGUUGAAAAAGGUUUUUUUUUUUGGAUUUUUCCUACCACCAAAAUUGCGUGUGUAAAUUGCCACUGCCAAAAACGCCAACGCCAUAUUGCAUUACAACAAUAAUAUUAAUUAUAACAAUAAUAAAAAAUUAUAACAACAACAAAAACACUACUUAUACGUUUUACAUAAGAAAAUGCAUGUAAAUUUGCCAGCAAAAAAUAAAAACAAAAGUCGAAUAUCAAAAAGUGUAAAAGUUGUGUUAAAAACGAUGAGAAAAUAUUGUAAACCUUCAAAAUGCAUUUGUAAAAUAUAUAUUUCAUGUUUAUUUGUAGCAUUUAAUACGCCUAACUGUAUGUAGCGUUUGUAUGUAAGCAUUGAUGAAUAUAAAAAAAAUAUGAAAAUAAUAGCAAAGCACACAUUGUGGGUUUUGAAAUGAAAAAAAAAUUAAUCAUUAAAAAACAAGAAAUUGCACUGAAGAGAGAUAAUUAAUAAUAAUUAAUUUAUAAAUUAAAAUAAUUUAUAAUAAAUUAAAUGCCAACGAAUUAGCGCAAGCACUAAAUGUCCAACUGUAAAUACUGAAUUUUAGUUUUUAAUUUAGCAGCGUAAAAUGUGUAAUUAUUUAAGUGUUUAUGUGCGCCACGAAAUUUAUUAAUAAUUAAUUUUUUGCGUAAAAAAAAAUGCAAAAUUACGAAAGAUGAAAUUAAAAGAAAAUGUAAUACGAAAAAUUUGAUAUGAAAAUUAUGUGUAGAGUGUGUUAAAGCAGGCAAAUUGUGUAGACAUUUCUUUAUUUUGAAGGAAAAAAAGUUUUUUUUUCGCAUAAUGAUUGGAGAGGAAUAUUAUUUUUGAAGAUUUAUUGGAAGAUAUAUUCAUAUUUAACAACUAUCGAGAAUUUAAACACAGUUUUUAUAAAAAAAAAAGAUUUUUUCAAGAAUUUUUUUUUUAUUUUGUUUUUUUUUUUUAUUAUAAAGUCUUUAAAUUUUUUCAUUUUUUUUUUUAUUUUUUUUUAUUAUUUUUUCAAUUUUUUUAAAUAUUUAAAUUAAAAUAUUUUGAAUAACUAUUUUUUUACAUAAUUUAAAUUGUUUAAUCAAUUCUGGCAUUUCGAGCUAAGUGUUUUCUAGAAAAAAAUUACUUGAAUUCAAAAAAAAAAUUUUGAAUAAAAAUUUAUUUAUUUAAAUACUGAAUAUUUUUCCGCAACUUUUCAAGGAAAAAAUGCAAAAUGUAAUUUCUUAAAAAAUAAUUUAAAAUUUUCUUCCAAAAAACUUUCGUUUUCAAAGAAUUCUAACAAAAAUUUAAUUCCAACUAAUUGUUUCCUAGAAAAAAGAAAUUUUGUUUUAAAAAUUAAAAAAAAAAAACAUUAAAUUAAUCAUUUAAAUAUUGAAUAUUUUUUAAACUUUUUAAGAAAAAAAAAAGUUUAAUUCCUUACAAAAUAAGAUCAAAUUUGUUUCCAAAAAAUUUCAUUUAUUAAAAAAUUCUCACAAAAAUUUAAUUCUAAUUCUAAAAAAAAAUAAAUACAUUUAUUUAAAUACUGAAAAUAUUUCCGAAACUGUUUAAUGAAAAAAUACAAAAAAUAAUUAAAAUUCUUAAAAAGUUUGAUACUUUUAAACAUUUUCAUUUUUUAAAAUAUUCUCACAAAAUUCAGUUCAAUUUGGAUGAAGCUCAAUUAAUUUCAAAAAUUAUGCCAAUAAACACCAAAAAUUCUGAAUAAAUAUUCAACAAAAUUGUUUUUCAACUUCACAAAAAAAAAUCUUCCAAAAUGUUUCACGCCAAUUGCUGCACAUUUUCCACUUAUUUUCAUAAUUAACAUUCAAAAAAAUUUAAAAAAAGUUGAAAAAGUAUUUUGCAUUUUGUUUGCCACAUCGUAAGUGCAACAACAACAAACAGAAAAUAAAUUAUAAUAAAUUAUUUAUUAACAAAGCGCAUACAAGAAUUUCCUACUUAUUUUUAAUAAGUUUAUUUGUUUACAUUUAUAACAACAAAAUUAAUAUAAUUAAGUAUUUUUGUUUUUGAUUUUCGUUUCAUUUGUAUUUCUUGCUGCCAAGAAACUGUACAUAGUUGCAUGUAGUCACGCAUUAAUUAUAUAAAUUAAGUUAUAAUAAUAAUUAUUUUUUUAUAAUUUGUAUGUAUUAAAUGAAAAACUAUUAUGCCAACAAGUAGUUGUGUAAGCAAAGUAAAAUUGUAAUGUAAUUUGCAAAGCAUUCAAAUUUAUUUAAAUAUUAUUAAUAUUUAUGCAAGGCAGGACGGACAUUAUAUGAAAUGUUUUAAGUAAUUUAGUAGGCUGAAAUAUUUUUAUAAAAAAAAAAAUAUAAAAAUAAUUUUGUUGAGUCUUAAAA